AUGACUGUUAUAGGGCUCCUGCACAGAUUAGCUGUGCGGACGCCCCUAAAAUUCACACCAACCACCGCCACCGUAUCGCCGCCUCUGUCCCCCACCGUCCACACGACCUUCGGCCCCUCCGCCACCAUGAGCGCCGCAAGCACCGCCGCAUCCCCCCUCGACGCCGUUUUCAAGCAGAAAAAGGCCCUACGCUCCCAAGUCAAGAGGGAGCUCAGGUCAAUGGACCCGACGCUCAGAUCUCAAGAAGAUGAUGCUAUACAGAGGAUUGUGUUGGAAGCUCCAUGGUUCAAGUCUUGUAGGAGGCUCUGCGCUUAUAUAAGUUGUGGGGCUUUGAGAGAAGUUGAUACAGCUAAAGUUCUUUCAGCAAUUUUGAGGAACACGGGUGAAGAUGAUCGUUCACAGGUGAGAAAGAAGCUUUAUGUUCCUAGAGUGGAAGACAAGAAUAGUUUCAUGCGUAUGCUAAAUAUCUCGGGUAUGGAUGAUUUGAUUGCAAACUCAAUGGACAUACUGGAACCUGCUCCUUGUGAUUCUGAGGGAAACGAACGUGAAGAUGCCCUUUUCACUUUCAUGACAAAAUAUGUUUUUAUUAUCACAGGACUUGCUUUUGACAAAUCUGGAAGACGCUUGGGGCGAGGCGGAGGUUACUACGACACUUUCCUCACAAAAUAUCAGGAGCUCGCAAAAGAUCGGCAGUGGAAGAAGCCUUUGUUCGUUGCUCUUUCUUAUUCACGUCAAAUAUUGGAAGAUGGUGUUAUACCAAUCACUCCAAACGAUGUGCCGGUGGAUGCCCUCGUCUUAUCCUCGGGUGUAAUCCCUAUUAGUCCAGCCGCUCGUGAGGUGUGUAAUCCCUGA